AUGACACCUACACCACCGACAACCAACUCGUCCACUGGCGCUUCACCCGACAAUGGCCAGUUCCGCGUGGUGCGCAAGAGGAACCGAAUCCCUCUGUCAUGCGCGCCUUGUCGUCACAGAAAGCUGAAGUGCAACCGAGGACACCCCUGCGACAACUGCACGAAGCGCGGCGACACUACCUCCUGCGUCUAUGCCUCUCCUAGCGCGCGUAAGAAGCCAGGCAUACAUCAUGUACCGACUGGUACACCAGACGACAUGCAGAACCGUAUCGAUCGACUCGAGAGUCUGGUUCUGUCGCUCAUGACCAAUGGCUCUCAGGCUGCUGGUCCCUCAGCUGCUCACGCCGCGAUCAAUUCGAGUAGAAGCAACAGUCUCGGCACCUCGAUCAGCAUGCCCCUGGAUCCUCACAGGGACAGCAUCAGGGAAGUCGAAGGAGAAGACAGCGAUAUCAAUGAUGUUGCUCAGGACAUUGGAAUCAUGAAGAUCGAUGGUGCAAAAGCCUUCUUCGUACCAGAUGCGCAUUGGUUCGCCAUCUUGUCAGAUAUUGCCGAGGUCAAGAAUUACUUCGCCAGCCACAAGGAGCAGUACCAAGAACAAUUCAGAAAAGUCCAGGCCUCGAAGCAAGACGAUGUAUCAGGUUCAUUCCUGUUCAAGGGUCCAAGGCUGAACAACAAGACCGAAGUCCUUGUUACCUUGCCAGACAAGAAUGCUGUCGAUGAUCUUGUCAAGCGUUAUUUCCAAUCAUACGAUCCAGCUGUCCACAUUAUCCAUGGCCCGACUUUUCAGGGGCAGUAUGACAGACACUGGCAAAACCCUAACGAGACGCCAGUCACAUUCCUUGCCUUGUUAUACGGCAUGAUGACUUUGGCCUUACAGUCAUACACCAGAGCAGGUGAUGAGCCUCCGGAAUACCAGGGUAGAACGCGAGAUCUGUCUAUCUCCUUCAAGCGUCUCACGGCCCAAUGCAUCGUGCUUGCGGACGUCACACAGCCAAUGCCACAAUUGGUCGAGGCUCUGAUACUGCACAUUCAGGCUGAGCACAGCAGUAGUAGUGACGCCGAGACUGGAAUUCUCUUGCUCGUUAACCUAUGCACUCGUCUGGCUAUGCGUAUGGGCUACCACCGUGAUUCCGGCCCGUAUCCUAGUGUAUCGCCUUUCACCGCUGAAAUGAGGAGACGAGUGUGGACUUUUGUUCGCCAGGCUGACUUGUUGUUCUCCUGCCAAUUUGGUCUACCUCCUAUGGUCCGCUCUGACAACACGGACUCCGAAUUGCCUCACAACAUCUUCGACGACGAGUUCACCGAAGACAUGAAGUCGCUACCUCAGUCUCGAUCAGAAUCGGAGGUUACUCCAGCUUCGUACAUGAUCGCCAAGGCUAGACUGAUAUCUUGUUUCGGCAAGAUAGUUGAUCGCAUUCAAUCCGUGUCAUCACCUCCAGCCUACGAGGAGAUAAUGAGGCUGGAUGCUCAGCUUCGUGAAGCUCGUACCCAGAUUCCUCCCCAUCUUCAGAUGAAGUCUCCCUCGGAGCUUGCCACGGUUGCACCCAAUUUGAUCAUGCAGGCGUAUGCGUUGGAACUGAUCUAUCUCAAGUCGCAAUGUAUGCUGCACCGCAAGUUCAUUGCUAGAGGACGUGACUCGCCGCGUUAUGCAUACUCUCGACGAACCUGCAUUGACGCUUCAAUGGAGAUGCUCGCACAUCAGGCUACCCUAUACAUGGAGUCACAAGAUGGUGGCAAGUUGCGAUCGGUCAAGUGGAACAUUUCUUCCCUUACAACCCAUGACUUUUUGCUUGCAGCUAUGAUUGUGUGCCUCGAUCUCUAUCACACUUCCGAGUCAGAUAGGAGCGCAGUCAAGACCUCCUCGUCAAGUCCUUCGUCCCCUUUGACAGGAGAUGUGUGGACGCAAGACCGCAGAGAGCACAUGAUAACAGCGCUGCAGACCUGCGCUCAGAUUUGGGAAAGUCUACGGGACAAGAGUAUGGAAGCCUACAAAGCAUCUACACAGCUUCGUGUAAUGCUUGGCAAACUCAAAUCACAAGAGCAACAGCAGACAGCGAUGAUUGGUGGCAGAGAGCAGCAAUUGCGCAGUGCUAACCAAUAUGGCGUGCGUGGUCACUCUUUCGGGGCCUUCCCUAACGGCCAAGUUUCUGACAUUGUCGAUGAUGAGGUUCCGCCUGAACAUUCUGCUGCUAUGACCUUGGGCCUCUUAUCAUCUGGCGGAGUCAGUCCUAACGCUGGCUUUGCUUCGAACAAUCCUACUUCUCUAGGCAUGGAGACACGCGGAUACCCAGCUAGUAUGGCCGGUUUGCUUAAUGAGCCAAUGUCGGAACGCACGGGACUGACACCUCAAUACGGCGGCGUGGACGUCAAUGGUCCACAAACCGUUCAAGGUGCUGCCUCUCCAUUCACCCAGCUUUUUGGUGCCACCGCACCGGAAGUUGAUUGGGGUGCUUGGGAUUCAUACGUCCAGGGUGAUCCAAUGCAGAUGUGGUCAAUGAAUCUUGAAACGAACCCUCUGGACGCGCAGCAGACUCAACAACAGCAAGUCCAACAAGCGCAGCAACAGCAAUUAGCACAGCAAGCCCAGCAAGCCAGUAUGAACAACAUGUUCAUGGGACCAGGCGCAGCCAACAUGAUGUGA